AUGACAGAUAGCAACGACGUCACCACUAAAAAAAGCCAGCUGUUAUUCCUGAAGGGAAGGCUGUGCAAGAUUGCUGCAGCUACAAUCAAUGCUCAUCUGGGAAAAACAAGUAGUGCGAAACGAAAACAAGAGGACUUGAAAACUUCUAUCACAGAAAAGGUCAAAUCUCCAAGGUUGUGCGAGACCUCUUCAAGUGCUUUACCUUUCGCAUACGACAUUGAUUCCAAAGCCACUGCUCCUCUGGUUCUGGAGGACCCUGAUUUUCUACCGCCUAGAAUAGAGAAUAUUUCUGACGGGUCUAUCGUAAAUUUGGCGGGCUCGCCAUUGCAGUUUUCCAAGACUGAUUCUACUUUUGUUGAUACCCUACGUCGUUACUUCUCCCCCGGAGAUUUCCAAAUUGGAUCCCAUGCGCAGAUAACGACGUUUAAAAAGCAGCGAUGGCUGAUGUGGGAUCCAGAAGGACAGAACCGGCUCAUGGUUUUUAUCGUUUAUCAAGACGUUCAGAUAAGACGGGGGGAAAGUCAGCCAGCUCUAGCUAAGGCUAAAUCCUUCUAUGCAAUAGCUGUAUCUACACACUUGUCCUGCCUUGCACAUUAG